ACGUGUUUGGAAAUUAACAUGAUUGAUGCAGGAAGACAAUACAAAGAAAACGGAUGGUCAAGAAGGAAAAUAAAGUUAAGGGGAAAAAAAAAAAGGAGAAUGAAGUUGCAGUUGGAUGAUUGAGAAGGGAAAACAUUAAAGGCUCUUGGGACAUACUCAAGACCCCUUGCAAUGUCACAUGGUCCACUUCAGAAGCCAUAGCUAUCUUCUUUUCUUUUUUACAGCACUUUCAAGUUUCAUCCACUAAUUGUCUUCUCUCUCUCUCUCUCUCACACACACACACACAUUUGGAUUCUGCAAGUAAAGCAAACAGCUUUUAUAUGUGCGACAUAGUUUAAACACUCUUCACCAGAAGACCAACAUUUGAAACCAUAGUCUCUGUUCUGUUUUCGCCCAAGUUGUUUUUACCAUAGGAGAGAUGGGCAAUGAGGAAACUCCAGUAGUCCCUUCAACAACAGCAACUCAAAGGACUUCUGGUGCUUCACUUUUUGGAGGGAAUGGAAUAGGCAAGAAAUCACUUCUCAAGAGCAAGUGUUUCAGUCCUGAAGAAUGGACCUUAGAAGAUGGAGGCUUACUCAAAGUCUCUUGCUCAUUGCCUCCCUCUCCUGUCCCUCUUGGAAGAAAGGUAGGAGCUGAGUUUGUAGGUACCUUAAUUCUCAUGUUUGCUGGUAUGUCCACUGCUAUUGUGAACCAACGGACACCAGGUUCUGAGACUCUAAUUGGAUGUGCUGCCUCUACUGGUCUUGCUGCCAUGGUUGUCAUCCUCGCCACCGGUCACAUCUCUGGUGCUCAUCUCAACCCUGCAGUCACUAUUUCCUUUGCUGCUUUAAAGCACUUCCCAUGGAAACAUGUGCCAUUGUAUAUUGGUGCACAGCUUACAGCGUCCAUCUGUGCAGCAUUUGCAUUGAAGGGGAUAUUUCACCCCUUCAUGAGUGGAGGAGUCACAGUUCCUUCAGGCGGAUAUGCUCAAGCUUUUGCUUUAGAGUUUAUUAUCAGCUUUAUUCUCAUGUUUGUUGUCACAGCAGUGGCCACUGACACAAGAGCUGUGGGGGAACUUGCCGGAAUUGCAGUUGGAGCAACUGUCAUGCUCAACAUACUUAUAGCCGGGCCAUCAACAGGAGGAUCAAUGAACCCAGUGAGAACACUUGGUCCAGCUAUUGCUGCAAGAAACUACAAAGACAUAUGGGUCUACCUCUUUGCUCCUAUACUCGGAGCUCUUGGUGGGGCAGGAAUCUACACUGCAGUCAAGCUUCCAGAAGAUAGUGAACAAGGAGAGGCUUCAAUGCCCUGAAGCUUCAAAAAGUGAAUCAUCCACAUGGUCAUGAGACUGCAUUUCAUGCACUUAUUAGGCACUCAGCCGAAAGAUGUUUGUGGUUCAUAAUAUAAAAGUUGUGUAAAGCAACCAAAAAAUAAAUACUUCUCAGUACAUCCAAUUAUUAGCUAUGCAAUAUAUAUCUAAGUCAA